AUUUAGAUGAUUUAAUCAUCUGUGUUAUAUAUAUAAUUCUCUUCUUUCUUUCCAUCCCUCAGUUCCCCCACUGCUUCAACCCUUCAAUCUCUUCCGCAACAGACAGCUCAGGAUAUUCAGCCAUCUACCAACCAACAAGCACAAUACUUAAAAACAGUUUCAACAAGCGUAGGUGUUUCCUUCAGGACGUGACAGAUAACCGUGCUCCCUGUGCCUCUAACCUCCUGCCGAACUGUCCAGGAUGUGGCCAGUGCUGUUUGGUGUGUUCACUGCUUUGGUGGUGGCCUGGGUGACCGUCUACAUUCGAAAUUAUUCCAAGAGAAAGAGGGUCUUUUCCCAGGAGUGCCUGCGACCACCGGGGCCAUUGGUGACCGACAAGAAGCAGAGAGAUGAGGUGCUGAAGAAAGGUUUCAGAGUGGACCGUGUCCCGGAGAACCUUGACGCUAUAGUGAUUGGCAGCGGUAUCGGGGGGCUGACAGCAGCAGCGGUUCUAGCCAAAGCAGGGAAGAGGGUUGUGGUUCUAGAGCAGCAUGACCAGGCUGGAGGGUGCACUCACAGCUUUGAGAACCAUGGCUUUGAGUUUGACGUAGGGAUCCACUACCUGGGCCAGCUCCAUGAGAACAGCAUGUUUCGUGUGGCCCUGGAUCAGAUCAGUGAGGGCCAGAUCCAGUUCAACAGGUUGGAGCAGCACUUUGACACACUGAUCCUAGGUCAGGGUGAAGACCGCAGGGACUACCACAUCCUCUCUGGGAAGACAGAGAUGGCUGAGAGCCUGAAGAGGCAGUUUCCUGAUGAUGUGGAGGCCUUGAAUGAAUAUUUCAAGUAUAUGAAGAAGGCAGCUCGUCGUAUCAAUCUCCUGGCCGGCCUCAAGAUGAUGCCCAUGUGGCUGGUAGGCUUCCUGGCUCGGACUGGCCUAUUAGAGCGCAUCUCCUCAGUGUUCCGCAUGGCCAUCACCAAACACACAGAGAAGAUGACCACUCUGACCAAGAACAAAGACCUGCACGCCCUCUCCGCAUACCUCUUCUAUGGUGUUCCCCCUAAGGAAUCCAGUUUCCUAAUGAAUACUCUACUGCUGCAGCACUAUAAGAGGGGAGCCUACUACCCCAUUGGAGGGGCCAGUGAGAUCGCCUUCCACAUAAUCCCAGUCAUCCGGAAGGCAGGUGGCGCUGUGCUGGUCAGAGCCCCUGUACAGAGGGUCCUUCUGAAUGAGGAGGGCUCAGCGUAUGGUGUGACGGUGAGGAAAGGUCAGGAGGAGGUGGAGGUGUUGGCUCCAGUGGUCAUCUCCAACGCUGGCAUCUUCAACACCUUUGAGAAGUUCCUGCCCCCAGAGAUACAGGCCAAGCCGGACAUCCAGGCCCUGCUGGGGAGGAUGCAGCAUGGAAUGGGCAACUUCCUGGUGUUUGUGGGUCUGGACGGCACGAAGGAGGAGCUGGGCAUCACCUCUAUGAACUACUGGAUGUACAAAGAAAACGACCUGGACACACUGAUGGAGCGCUACAGCUCUCUGAGCCGAGAGGAGGUGGUGGGGAACAUCCCCAUGAUGUUCAUUCAUUCCCCCUCUGCCAAAGACCCCACCUCCAGUACCCGCCAUCCAGGGAAGACCUGUAUGACUCUGUUGACCAUGGCCAAGUUUGAGUGGUUUGAGGACUGGAAAGAUACCAAGAUAAACAAGAGAGGGCCCGAUUACGAAGACCUGAAGAUGAGCAUGGCCAAGGAGCUCCUAGACUGGGCACUGGUUGUCUUGCCUCAGCUCAGGGAUAAGGUGGUGUAUAUGGAGGCUUCCACUCCCCUGACCAACAUGCACUACUUGGGCGCCCCGCGUGGAGAGAUGUAUGGGGCUGAACACAACCUGGACCGCUUCAGCCCGGAGACGGUGGCCAGAACCCGGCCCCCCACCCCCGUCAAGGGACUCUACCUCACCGGCCAGGACGUGUUCUGUAACGGGAUGGCCGGUGCUCUGCACGGAGGAAUCCUGUGUGCCUCGACAGUUCUGGACCGUGUUCUCUACAUGGACCUCCUAGCGCUGAAGAAACAGCUCAAAAAGCAGACUCGUGAAAAGGCUCGUAACAAGGCCUGAGAAACUAUUUGGACACAGCACUGACCACAGUCAAAAUCAUUACAUAAACCAAUACCGUGUAGGCUACUGCAUACAGUAUGUCACAUUUCUUCACCCUGUCUAUCACCCUGUCUAUCACCCUGUCUAUGACCCUGUCUAUCACCCUGUCUAUCAACCUGUCUAUCACCCUAUCUAUGACCCUGUCCAUGACCCUGUCUAUCACCCUGUCCAUGACCCUAUCUAUCACCCUAUCUAUGACCCUGUCUAUGACCCUGUCUAUCACCCUGUGUAUGACCCUGUCUAUCACCCUGUCUAUGACCCUAUCUAUGACCCUGUCUAUGACCCUGUCUAUCACCCUGUCUAUGACCCUGUCUAUCACCCUGUCUAUGACCCUGUCUAUGACCCUGUCUAUGACCCUGUCUAUCACCCUGUGUAUGACCCUGUCUAUCACCCUGUCUAUGACCCUGUCUAUGACCCUGUCUAUGACCCUGUCUAUCACCCUGUCUAUGACCCUGUCUAUGACCCUGUCUAUCACCCUGUCUAUCACCCUGUCUAUCACCCUGUCUAUCACCCUGUCUAUCAGUUUCAUGUAACAGUACCAUGUUGUCUUAUAUUGAAUGAAAAUAUGGUGUCUUUCUUUCUUACCUGUUAUGGUUACACAUUGCCAUCUCUUUAGCUUUGUUUAAUGAUGUUCGGGAAAAAAGAGACAUCACUGGAUUCCUCACAGUCGUAAAUGAUUGCUACUCUUUAGUCAGAUCGCAGGCAGAAACAUGGGUGUGUUUUAUGUUUCGUUUCCAUUGAAGUGCUUCUGUGGGAUAGACAAACUCAUUAAGGUGCACUUUGCACCCCCCCCCCCUCUCCACUGAGGGUAGGUUCAGCCAGAUUAUGUUCAAUACUUGUACAAUCCAUUGUAACCAAGUAAUGCUGCUACUGUAGUAUCUUUCACUGUUACACUGUGCUUACACUGCUGUACGUUUUGCACCUAGUACUGUAGACAGACACCAGGUAGGUUUCAGCUUGUCCUGUUCUAUCGACUCAAAUGGCAGAUAGGAGAAAAUAAGUCACUCUCACUGCACCUCACUUCUCAGUACAAACACUAUGCUGGGAACUGGACAUUGAACUCCCAUGCCAUUAAAAUCACUUAAACAUUC